GGCAGGAAGAGGUCGCAGCCAUGACUGGAACCCAGGACUGUCUGGGUGCAAAAUUCAGCUCCUCAACCAUCACGCUGCUGGACGAAGCCGUGGGGAUCCUCCCAGCCAUGAUGCACAGACUAAUUCAAAAUUGGUGAUGCAAGGGAACAGGUCUGGUUUCUCCAAAGACAGACAUCCUGAGACCAUCACACAGGUGGAAUGACCCAGCGGGAAGGGCCAGGAGCUGCCCGUCUCUUCAUCCCACCUGGGACAGACGGAGCCUGUGAGUGACACCCCAGGCGGAGGAGCCCGGAGCCAUGCGGAGUCUUGGGGCCCUGCUCCUGCUGCUGACCGCCUGCCUGGCGGUGAGUGCCAGCCCUGUGACGACGUUGCCCGACGACAUCCAAGUGCAGGAGAACUUCGACCUGUCUAGGAUCUACGGGAAAUGGUUCCACGUGGCCGUGGGUUCCACCUGCCCGUGGCUGAAGAGGUUCAAGGACAAGAUGACCAUGAGCUCGCUGGUGCUGGGAGAGGGAGCAACGGACAGGGAGAUCAGCGUGACUAAUACUCACUGGCGGAAAGGUGUCUGUGAGGCGAUCUCUGGGGCUUAUGAGAAAACAGGCACUGAUGGAAAGUUCGUCUAUCACAAACCCAAAUGGAACAUCACCAUGGAGUCCUAUGUGGUCCACACCAACUAUGAUGAGUAUGCCAUUUUUCUGACCAAGAAAUUCAGCCGCCGCCAUGGACCCACCAUUACUGCCAAGCUCUAUGGGCGGGAGCCACAGCUUCGGGAAACCCUGCUGGAGCAGUUCAGGGAAGUUGCCCUGGGUGUGGGCAUCCCUGAGGACGCCAUCUUCACGAUGCCCGACAGAGGUGAGUGUGUCCCUGGGGAGCAGGAGCCAGCGCCCUCUCCACUCUCGAGAGCCCAGCGGUCUGUUCUGCCCCAGGAAGAGGAAGGAUCAGGGGCUGGACAACUAAUAACUGAUUUUGGCAAGAAAGAAGAUUCCUGCCAGCUGGGCUACUCACAAGGUCCUUGCCUGGGGAUGAUUCAGAGGUAUUUCUAUAAUGGCUCAUCCAUGGCCUGCGAGACCUUCCACUAUGGUGGCUGCAUGGGGAACGGCAACAACUUUGUCUCGGAAAAGGAGUGUCUGCAGACCUGCCGGACCGUGGAGGCCUGCAAUCUCCCCAUAGUCCCAGGCCCCUGCCGAGGCUCCACCCAGCUCUGGGCAUUUGAUGCUGUCAAGGGGAAGUGCGUCCUCUUCAUCUACGGGGGCUGCAAGGGCAACAGCAACCAGUUCUACUCAGAGAAGGAGUGCAAGGAGUACUGUGGCAUCCCUGGUGAAGGGGAUGAGGAGUUGCUGCGCUUCUCCAACUGACCGGCCCACAGGCCAGAGGUCCACAGGCCACAGGGAGCACGAGGGCCAGUGUCUGCCCCAGGGUCCCACGGCAGGUUCCGAUAAAAACCAAAUUGUAGACUCCUGAAAUUCCAUAUCCUGACGAUUCAUCAUGAAGUAUAAUGAGAUGGGGGGAGGGGAGGGGGAGACAAGCUGGGGAGUGGGCAUGAGUAACCCCAGCUUUCCCCACAUGUGAAAAAUGUAUGUGUUGGAAAUGUAAUAGAGCCAUCUUCAGGACAUGAAAUUGGCUAUGCAAAUUAUGAAACAUAAAUCACAGUUCUGUAUA